CCAGUAAAGUCGUGCGUUUUAUUCCGUCCGGAAAUGGACGAGGCUGGCCACCAGAUCCACGACAAUGGCGCAGCUGCUCCCACAGGGGAAGCUGCACGCGGAGAUAACGCGACGGCAUCAGCAUUGGCGAAAGCCCUAGAGCACGAAAAACGUCGCAACGCGUCGUUGAUGUCGUUGUUGAAGAAGACCCGCAACAAGGCAGAUUCGUUCAAUUGGGUGGAAGAACCUUCCAUCGAAGAAGACCUCCCUCGGCAAGUGGACAGAAACUCGACGAUGAAGGAAAGUUUCUCGGGUAACGAAUCGUCCAUAAUGACUUCGAUGGCGCUCGCUUCGUUAAACAUCAGCGAAUGUAAACCGAGGGACGGCAAAGAGAUCGAUAAACAAACUUUCGAGCGCUGGAAACAAACCCUCCAAGCGGCCUUGCAGAUUUCCGGAAUCGAGGACGAGAGGGCAAAGGCUAACGCCUUCACCAUCAAAGCUGGAGAGAAGCUGAAGGACCUGCUCGAAGCUACAUCCUCCGGUGUGGACGCCCCGGACGAAACGCUGUUUCCGUACUCAAACAUGAUGUACCGACUGGAGCAACAUUUUGGGUCCCAAGAUUACCUACUCCUCCAACGUCAAAAACUGAGGUCGUUGCUGCAGGAAACUGGCGAAGAGGACUCUAAAUACGUCCGACGAGUCGUUGCAGGAGCCAAGCUUUGCGGAUACAGCGAUGAUAGUUUGUUCGAGAACGUCGUUGACGUGCUUCAGGCGCACGCACUAUCGUUGGAUGUUCGUAAAGCGUGCCGGAAGUUGCUGCGGUCAAAAGAAGCGCCCAAAAGGAAGCUCGAACAUUUACUGGAGGAAGUCGACGCAUUGGAAGUAGACCAGAAGCAUGAGGCGAUCUUCGCACGUAAUCAUCCGCCGCUGAAAGUUUCCGCUGAGGUAUCCGCCGUCAGAUCAGGUCAUCCGGUGUUCAGCGGUAACCAUCACUAUUCGUCGAGAGGUGGCGUCUCAGCGCGGCCGCCAUACUCACCGAGAUCUAGUCACGGCUACCAAGGCCAGUCGUACUCACCGAGACCCAGUUUCGGCUACCAAGGCCAGGCGUACUCACCGAGAUCCAGUUACGGCCACCACGGCGGACAUUACGAUCAGCGGGGCCAUCACGGCUCGUGGGCUAGAGGAAGGGGGAAAUUCAACAGUCGAGGAAAACCAUUUCAGCCAAACAAUGAACGCGCGCAGCGGUGCUGGAGAUGUACCGGUACAUACCAUUCCCCGGAUCUAUGUGACAAUCGAGACAAGAUCUGUCACAAAUGUCACGAGAAGGGUCACAUCGCUCGAGCGUGCGACGAGGUACCCGAGGAACAUCGAUCCAAGCGACAGCUCACUCCGGAAGGGAAGUUUCCUCAGCCAUCCAAGUUGCGGAAGGUCGCUGCCCUUGCUGACGAUAACGACAACCAACCAGGAUUGGAAUCAAUUCGACAAACCGAUCGUGUUGAAGAUUCGAGCAGAGAGACAGCUUCCUCCAUACAGUCUGUGGGUGUAGGGCCGUCGGAGAACCGCGGUUGCGGCACAAUUACCGGUCACGUUGCGGGCGUGGCCCUGGUCUUUAAUCGACUCCGGCGCUGA